AGCAACGAAAAGAUAAAGUGAUAAAACCAAAAUCCAACCACUCACUCACUCGGCUGCAACACCAAACUUGCUCAGCAAUGGAGGCCAAACUCCUCCACCUACUCAGCUCAACACCAGCUUCCCCAACCCACCUCGCCCUCUCAAAACCUUCUCCAACAAAACUGAACCAUAUCUUCUCACCCGCCACCCGUCCGCGGCCUCUCAGAAUCAGCACACUAGUUUACAACACUACCGGCAGUGAUGGUGGUGGCAGCACUAGCAUUCCGGACACUGACGGCAACAGCGUGGCAGCACCGGACCCCACGGGAGUGCGGUUCAAAAAGAGGUCGAGAAGGCGGACGAAGCAGCAGCAGCGAGAGGAGGGCAAUGAGGGGGACGGCGGACGGGUCAUGAAGGCUCAAGCUAGUGACGCUCCAAAGAAGUGGGAAGAUAUGAGCUUGGGGGAGAAGGCAUGGGAGCUUUACGUGGGGGAGAAGGGUGCUUUGUUUUGGUUAAACAAGUUUGCUUAUGCUUCAAUUUACAUAGUGAUUGGGGCUUGGAUUCUGUUCAGGUUUGUUGGACCGGCUCUUAAUCUUUACCAGUUGGAUGCACCUCCUCUCUCUCCCACUUCCAUCCUCAAGGGUUCCUGAUUGAUUCAGUCACUCUCUUCUCCAAUAGAUUUUCUUCUUCUCGUUUUGAUUUCGAUGACUGCGUACCAAAUCUUUAUCGUUUGCAUAGCGUUUGUAGCUCAACUGGUUAAAAGCCUUCACCUGCAUCGGAGACUCUGUAAUAUUACUCGAUCAAUAAAGUAUACACAAAGCUUUCUCUGUGAGAC